AGAGCGCAGAUCGUGGAUGCCGGCGAAGAUGAAGUCGCGCACUUCGUGGGGGACGAGCUGACUGACCACCCCGUGGAGGAGCAUGGCAGAGGCCGCGACAGACGCGGCUGCGGCGAUGGCCUUCUUGUAUGAUUCUAUGGCCUUUUCAUAGGAAGCCACGGAAAUCUUCAGGAACUUGAUCAGAUGUGAGAUGAGUUUAUUUGGAUAUUAGCAGUGACGUGCAGAACCAAAAUUGAAUGUAAAAUCUUACACAGAGGCGUUAAUCAAAACAUCAGCUAAAAGAGAUAUCAUGCAUCCAAAAAUGAUCGUUGUGUUACGUUUUGAAGUUCUAUGGAUGAUUCAAACGUAGUACAAGUCGGCAGCGAUACAGCGAAACUUGCCGACUUAAAUGUACGUACGUAACUGAGCUCUGAAGAAUUCGGUGGUGAGACACUCCUCCUUGCGGAUUUUAAGUGACCCGAAGACUUUUCGGAUUCGGAUACGAUAACAUCACGGAUCCGACGCGUAUGAUCCCCGAAAGGGUCGCGUCCGCAUACAAAAAUGAACGGCUCCCGCAUACCGGUGAAACACCAUGGGCGCGGUGGUGGUGGAUGCGAUGAGCCUUCUCCUUCUCCCUCGAAGCUUCGGAGUUUUACCCUCCUCCUCCUCCUCCUCCUCCUCCUCCUCCCCCCAUUCCUCGUCGCACCUCCGAUUCCUCUCCACGAAUCGCCUGGCUCCACAUCCUAGGGCACCAUUUCUCAGGUUGGGGAUAUCUAAUGGGGGAAGCGCGAUUAGAAGCGUGGUGUGUUCGAGUGUGUCGAAUUCCUUGGAGAAUUAUGGCGCCGAUAGUAGCAAAUCGCCCUCGCAGAAAGCAGCUUUUGAUAUAAAACUUCCCAGAAGAAGUUUGAUGGUUCAGUUCACAUGUGAUUCCUGUGGUGAAAGAAUGAAGCGCUUGAUAAACCGAGUGGCCUACGAAAAGGGAACUGUAUUUCUCCAGUGUGCAGGCUGUCUUGUCUACCAUAAGUUUGUCGACAACCUUGGGCUAGUGGUCGAGUACGAUCUGCGUGAGGAAUAUGAUGUAGAUUCUGAUGGCACAGAUUGAUAUGGUUUCGACAAGCGAUUUAUCUGUUUUAUGCACAGGAUAUUUCCUUCAGUAAAAUACAAAACUUCUUUUCUACAUGCUUCAUCACAUAUAUUCUUCAAAGGACAAAAGUUGGGAAGAUGAAUGCAGUUUUGGAUCAUAUUAUUAGAAGCUUUUCAGUGAACAACUCGGUUGGAAGGCCUGCAAGUGGGAAAGUAAGCCAUGCGGCUGACAAACAGCAGGAUGUAUAUCAUUAUGUUCUUCAAAUUUCAACUGUUUAGUUUGAAUUAUUACUCAAACAUCUGGGGAAUACAAUUUAUUCUUCUUUUCAAAUUUGAAAACUAUGAUGUUUGAAAUGUAGAAUUUUCUCUCUUUAAUAUCUUUGUAUUCUUAGUCCUCA